CAGCCACACCAAUGAGACGCUCCCGUUAAACAUCUGUUUGAAGCAUAUCUCUUCACUUUUUAGAACCAAAACUUUUUGACUCCAUAACUGCCUCAAGCAAAAUUCUUGGAUGUCUUUUAGAGAGUCGCGAACUUUGCAUAUUUUUGAGAAUCCAAUGUUAAGCUGAUCAUGAUAACUGGUCAUUAUUAUCCACGUGAACAUGACCAAUUUUCUUCCUCAGCGAAACGUCAGAGCUUGUUUUCAGGGACCGAAACUAAUCGUAAUCGACACUCUGGAAAUCUGGGGGAUGAUAACUCGCGUCAUCGUCUUUGGUUUUGAGAUUCAGAGCUGUUCAAGCGACGGACAAAAUCCACAAUAGCAUCUGACAAGUUAAUCCACCUUAUUUUCCAGCACAAAGAAGGAAAAACAAAGUGAAAAUGGUGUGACUGUCAGUUUGAUUGAUAGCAAAAAUGUUUAGUGACGUAUCACUAGUGAGUUAUAAACAUAGAAAUUUCUCAGGACCAAAUGUCCACAUUAAUUUCUCAAAUACGUUCAGAAAAACACCAAGAGAGAUAGUAAAUGUUUUCCAACCUCAUCUAAAAUCUUUCAUCUGAUAUAAAUGUGUCUCAUACAUAUACGUACUUUCAGAAUGAUGUAAUCACAGGUGACUGUGACUCCGCCCCUUAUAACCACUCACACACUAAACAGGAGCGCACUGUGAAUCGAACACAUUUGAUAAAUAGGCAGAAUGAGCAGCACUGCCAAGUUUCUUGGUAAAAGACAGGAUAGAGAAGAAGGUGUUGGGACAAACAAGAAUGCGAUACAAUUUAACAAGCAGGACUACGAGAGCCUGAAGCGUGAAUGUUUGAAGAAAAAUAUAUUGUUUCGUGACCCGACCUUUCCAGCGGAUUCUGAGUCUCUGGGCUACAAUGAACUGGGACCGAAUUCCCCCAAGGCACAAGGGGUGGAGUGGAAAAGACCACAGAAGCUGUGUUCAAAACCCCAGUUUAUUGUGGAUGGUGCCAGGCGGACUGACAUCUGCCAAGGGAAAUUAGGUGACUGUUGGCUUCUGGCAGCCAUUGCCUCUUUGACUCUAGAUACCAACAUUUUGGAGCGUGUAGUCCCGCCUGGUCAGAGCUUUGGGGACGAUUAUGUUGGCAUUUUUCACUUUCAGUUGUGGCAGUAUGGUGAAUGGGUGGAUGUUGUCGUUGAUGAUCGUUUGCCUACCAGAAACGGAAAGCUGCUGUUUGUUCAGUCAGCGGAGCGUUCAGAGUUCUGGAGCGCCCUGCUGGAGAAGGCCUAUGCAAAGGUCAACGGCUCGUAUGAAGCUCUGAGUGGCGGCCUCACCACUGAGGGUUUUGAGGACUUUACGGGAGGUAUUGCUGAGAUCUGUGAGCUGAGUAAACCCCCUCCAUAUCUGUUUAAGAUCAUUCAGAAAGCACUUGGGUUGGGCUCCCUGCUUGGCUGCUGCAUUAUUGGCAAUGAGGAUGAAUUGGAGUUUGAGACCAAACUGAAGCUGGUGAAAAGACACGCAUACUCCAUUACUGGUGCUGAGAAGGUUCACUACAUGGGGCGAGAGGUGGAGCUGGUUCGUAUCAGAAACCCGUGGGGUAAGGUGGAGUGGACAGGCCCAUGGAGCGAUAACUCCAAAGAAUGGAAUAAUGUCCCGCCGAAGGAGAAAGCUAAACUGAAUUAUUCAGCUGAAGAUGGAGAAUUCUGGAUUGCAUAUUCAGACUUUGUGCGAAAUUUCUCAAGGCUGGAGAUUUGUAAUCUGACUCCAGACACUUUGACCAGUGAAGAGGUGGGUCGCUGGAACUACUGCCAGUUUGAAGGUACGUUCUCCUCAAACUCUCAGUUUGUGAUCAAGCUUGAAGAUGUUGAUGAUGACCCUCAUGAUGGAAAGGAUGGUUGCACUUUGCUGGUGGGAUUGAUGCAGAAAGAUGGGCGUAAAGACAAACGCUUUGGAAAGGACCUGAAAAGCAUUGGAUUUACUAUCUAUAAGGUUCCAAAUAAGUACAAGGGCCGCAAUGUUCAUCUCGGCACCGACGUGCCUAAAAAAAAGGUUGUGGAGAGCGAGUAUUUAAGAGGCCGAGAGAUAAGCGAGCGCUAUAAGUUGCCUCCUGGAGAAUACGUCAUCAUUCCCUCCACUUCUGAGCGCAAUCGCCAGGGAAGUUUCGUACUGCGUGUGUUUACAGAGAAAGAGGUGGACACCAGGGAAUUGCACUUAAUGUCACGCAAGCCAUUGGAUGUGUAAACCAGAGACGAAGAAUAAUGCAAGAACUGUUAUGUUUCAUGCAUAUUGUUAAUUACAGAAAAAUGUCAAACUUUAUCCUGAAACAAAUGGUAAUUUAUAGUUAGAAAUAGAUGCAAAACUGUUAUGAAGUAUAUAAUUUAUAUUUUUUUGUACAGCACUUUGUUCGCCUUUUUGAUGUUUUUAUAUGUGCUAUAUAAAUAGAAUAAACUUGAUAUAAAUGUUCACAUAUGUGUCAGUGCUGUACCACUUGUACCAGUCAUAGCAACAAUGGCUUUGACCGGUGAUGACUUGCAAUAAAGUGCAACAGUAUGAUAAGUGUCUGAGACUGUGAAAAUUUUAUAUAAUUUUAGAAAUAUUAUAUAUACAUAUACAAACAUGAAGAAAUAAAGAGACCACCACAGUUUUGCCUUUAAUCAUCAUUUCUAGAUGUAUUAUUAUCAUUUUACCAGCAUUUUACAGCAAUGUAAAUGUCAUGACUCUGUUCUGUGUUUCCCUGUGUUUAGACUCUUAUUUUGAAGUUCUGUCCAUGUCUGCCAUGUUUUGUAGUUCUUUGUAGUUCUUUUGUUUCAUUGGUCUGCGUGGUGCGUGCUGAUUCUUCCUCCAUGUGUUUCUCAUUUACCAGUGUAUUUAACCAAAGCAUGCUGCACAAGCCCUGAAAAGUGAAGCCAAAACGUCUCGAUCGCCCCCCAGUGACUGGUCCCAGUAUAGGUCAUAAACCCCGCCUCCCCAUGUUAUUCAAUGGGACUUGAGACCAACUAAAAAAAUGAAUUACACUUCAGUUAUCUUUUUUCCGAAGUUGGUUUCUGUCAUUUAAUGUAGUUUUUAUCACGCUGAUGUAAAUUCAAAUGUUUGUUUUUAAAAUAGGUUUGUGUUUAGUUAGUUAUUUAAUGAUAUAAAAACUGUGGUGUCACGUCAUGAUUGACAGCUGUGAUAUCGUGUGAUAUGCGCAUUCUACGAGAGCGAGGGCGGGGUUUUGAUUUCGCGGCUUUACUUCCUGCUCACUACUGCGCAUGACUGGUCCCGAAAUCGCUACUGCGCAGACUCAAGACCCAAGAUGUCAGUGCCAUGUCGGGACACUGGCGGCUUCACUUUUCACCAAUGGAAGAGAGCGAACAGGCGUCGUCCAUCUAUUUUUACAGUCUAUGAUUUAACCCCAGUGUUUGACUUUUUUGAUGUCGGUGAUUGUUCAUGUAAUGCUCUGUCUUUGUUCGUGUUUACUGUUUUGUAUUAUGUUUGUACCUGCCUGUUUGGAUUUACUUUUAUAUUAAAUACUGCACUUGGAUCCUCUGCAUUUGACUGCUUCACGUAGUGAUGGGAGAAACUGAACCAAUUGCUUCGAAAAUUGAUUCAGUUUUUCCGAA